GUGGCUUCCCUCUGGGGCGGCCAUACAGGCCAUGGCCAUGGGGUGGGCAAAUGUUCUCUAGAGACCCUGAUCACCUGCCUGCUGAGCGGACAGAGCCCCCACCUGGACCAGUGUCCUCGGCUGGCCUCACCCACAUGGAAUGGUGCUGUGCCCUGUGCCAGCAGUCUGGGUUCACCAUGGUGCCAAGUGCCAUCCUGGCACGAGGGAGGGACGUGUGCAGGCGGAAUGGACUGCUCAUCCUGUCUGUGUUGUCUGUCAUCGUAGGCUGCCUCCUCGGCUUCUUCUUGAGAACUCGGCGCCUCUCACCACAGGAGAUUAGUUACUUCCAGUUCCCUGGAGAGCUCUUGAUGAGGAUGUUGAAGAUGCUGAUCCUUCCACUGGUGGUCUCCAGCUUGAUGUCUGGCCUCGCCUCCCUGGAUCCCAAGACCUCCAGCCGCCUGGGCGUCCUCACCGUGGCCUAUUACCUGUGGACCACUUUCAUGGCAGUCAUCGUGGGCAUCAUCAUGGUCAUCAUCAUCCACCCGGGCGGUGCAGCCCAGAAGGAGACCACAGAGCAAAGUGGGAAACCUAUCAUGAGUUCAGCGGACGCCCUGCUGGACCUCAUCCGGAAUAUGUUUCCAGCCAACCUGGUGGAAGCCACAUUCAAACAGUACCGCACCAAGACCACCGCCGUUGUCAAGUCCCCCAAGGUGGCGUCAGAUGAGGCCCCUCCUCAGCAGAUCCUCGUCUAUGGGGUCCAGGAAGAGAAUGGCUCUCGAGUGCAGAACUUCGCCCUGGACCUGACCCCGCCGCCCGAGGUCAUUUACAAGUCAGAGCCUGGCACCAGUGAUGGCAUGAACGUGCUGGGCAUUGUCAUCUUCUCCGCCACCAUGGGCAUCAUGCUGGGCCGCAUGGGUGACAGUGGAGCCCCCCUAGUCAGCUUCUGCCAGUGCCUCAAUGAAUCUGUCAUGAAGAUCGUGGCGGUGGCUGUGUGGUAUUUCCCCUUUGGCAUCGUGUUCCUCAUUGCUGGCAAGAUCCUGGAGAUGGAUGACCCCACAACCGUUGGGAAGAAACUGGGCUUCUACGCAGUUACUGUGGUGUGUGGGCUCGUGGUCCAUGGCCUCUUCAUCCUGCCCUUGCUCUACUUCUUCAUCACCAAAAAGAACCCCAUCGUCUUCAUCCGUGGCAUCCUCCAGGCCUUGCUAAUUGCACUGGCUACCUCCUCCAGCUCAGCUACCUUACCCAUCACCUUCAAGUGCCUGCUGGAGAACAACCACAUUGACCGGCGCAUCGCCCGCUUUGUGCUGCCUGUGGGCGCCACCAUCAACAUGGACGGCACUGCCCUCUAUGAGGCUGUGGCUGCCAUAUUCAUUGCCCAGGUCAACAACUAUGAGCUGGACUUCGGCCAGAUCAUCACCAUCAGCAUCACAGCAACUGCAGCCAGCAUCGGGGCGGCUGGCAUCCCUCAGGCUGGGCUCGUCACCAUGGUCAUCGUGCUCACCUCUGUGGGACUGCCCACUGAGGACAUCACCCUCAUCAUCGCUGUUGACUGGGCUCUGGACCGUUUCCGCACCAUGAUUAACGUGUUGGGUGAUGCUCUGGCUGCAGGAAUCAUGGCCCACAUCUGCCGGAAGGACUUUGUUCAGGACAAGGGCACCGAGAAACUGCCACCAUGCGAGACCAAGCCAGUGAGCCUCCAGGAGAUUGUGGCGACCCAGCGGAAUGGCUGUGUAAAGAGUGUGGCUGAGGCCUCAGAGCUGACUUUGGGCCCAGCCUGCCCCCACCAUGUCCCCGUGCAAGUGGAGCAGGAUGAAGAGCCUACCACCACCAGUCUGGACCACUGCACCAUUGAGAUCAGUGAACUUGAGACCAAUGUCUGAGCCCCCAGGGUUGCAGGGGCCAGGGGAGGCCUCCGGGG